AUGCAGUCCUGGAGAUCAGGCACCACAACCCAGUACCAAACUUACCACAAGAAGUGGGAAUCAUUCUGCUGUCAACGGCACAUUAAUCCCCUUCAGGCCACUUUACAGGAUGGUAUAAAUUUCCUUGGAGACCUCUUUGCUACUGGUGUAGGAUACAGCUGUAUAAACACUGCACGUAGUGCCCUAUCAGCUAUUAUUGUGCUUCCGGGGAAAGUUCACUUUGGUAGCCAUCCACUUGUUACCGGGUUUGUUAAAGGUGUUUUCGAAACUAGACCUUCCCUCCCACGAUACAAAGAAAUAUGGGAUGUAAACUCUGUCCUAAAGGUACUUGAAACCUGGACUCUUGGAGUGGAAUUGAGUCUCAGAGAUAUGUCCUGGAAGCUAACCAUGUUGAUUGCUCUCUUAUCUGGCCAGAGAGUACACACCCUGAAGGCACUUACUCUGAACUCAAUGACUUUAACUGCAAACAAAUGUGUAUUUAUGAUUGACACGCCCCUGAAGACCACUUGGCCAGGCAAGCACCUAGGUCGAAUUGAGUUUUUGGCAUACGGACCCGACCAAAACAUGUGUGUUGUACAACAUCUUCAAGCCUAUAUUGAUAGAACAUCUCACUUAAGAGGAGAAACGGACCAGUUGCUGAUUGGCUAUCAGAAACCGCACAAACCUGUGUCAACUAACACUAUUGUUUGCUGGCUCAAGAAUGUCAUGGCCAAAGCAGGAAUUGAUACUAGUGUGUAUAAAGCUCAGAGCACGAGAGCAGCUGUCACAUCAGUGGCAAAGGGAAAACAGGUCCCUAUUGACACUAUCUUGUGUACAGUAGGUUGGAGUAGUGAGAGCACCUUUGUUCGGUUUUACGAUAAGCCUAUCCAGGACACUGCCAAG